AUGGAAAUUCUUAAUUGGCUUAAAGAAUUAGAUAUUGGUUACCAAACAUUUAAAAUUGUCAUUUUACAGAUGAUCAUCAAAGCCUUAUAAAUUUUUUAAAUCAAAACUACAUUACUUUUUUUGAUCUUAUAAGGAUCAAUGGCAAAUGAAACUCUACAUAUGCUAUUAAUAUUCCCUAAUAUUUAUUCAAUUCUUAUUUAUUGUUAGUUUCCUGAGAAAUAUGAAGACCUAAUACAAAAAUUUAAAUAAAUUGUAUUUAUCACAAAUUAAUAAGAUGAAGUGAUUGUAACAUUAAAAAAAAGGGUAGCACCUUUUUUAAUUUUAAGAGAAAUCAAUUUAUACAAGUUUUCUAAUUAUUUUUAACAAAUUGUGGCACUUUAUUAUCUUUCUGAGUAAUUUUCUUAGAGUAGUAUUCCUUUCUAUUAAAAAAUGAAGCUCUUAAAAUAAUUUAAGAUACAAUGUAAUGUGUGCCAAAUACUAUAUACAUAUGAUCUCAAGAGGCUUAAGUAGAAUUAGCUCUUUAAAUUCAUGAGAAAUUAAAAAAUGGACAAAUUAAGGUUAUAAUUCAUCUCUAUCCAGGACCUAGUGGAUUUUGUAAAUUUCUCAACACAAUUCUAUAAAUUUUAAUCGAAAAGGGAAUUUUAGAUGCUUCAGUCAUAAUAAAAUCAUUAAAAUACAGUUUAGAAAAUACUAAGACACAUAGAUCCAAAUUUAUUUGCUUCGAGUGAUUUUUUCCUAUAUAGAGGAGUAGAUUGUACGAUCGAAUAAUUUAGACUAAAGCAUAAAUCAUAUGAUUUAGCAGAGAUUUUGCAAUUAGUAAAUUCUAUGCUAAGGAUUUGGGCAUUAUAUUUAGAAUCUCGUUUAAUGAAAAUAAUUUAGAUGACUCUCAUUUUUAAAUGGUCAGACCCAAGUCUAUUUAUACGGUUUCAGAAUGAAUAAGAUUAUUUAUUUUCUUGUUUUUUGAGCUUCAUAAUUACAAAAUUUAAUUAAGAUAAUAUCAUAGAUAUAGAAUUUGUUAAAAUUUGA